AUGGGGGAUAAACACUCUGAUGAUGAAAUGAUGGGGGAGACGGGGAAUGCAGCCGCUAUUUACCCACCUCCAAUUCAAGGAAACGCAAGUUUCCAUGUGAAUAAUGCUAAGUUGCACCUGCUCAACACUAAGGGCUUAUUCGGGGGUCUACCAACAGAUGACCCGAAUAGGCACAUUAAGAACUUUCUUGGGGGGUGCACUACUAAUGUGCAUCCAAAUGUCUCCGCCAAGACGGUCAGGAGUGGGAAAACAAUCGGGCAAGAAGAGUUGGUAAGGAAAAAGGGGUUGGUUGAUGAAGCAAAAUUUUUUGAAAAGACAAGGGUCAAUGAAGAAGAAGUAGAGAUGAAAAAGAAGCGGGUGACUAUCGAGGAGCCCAUUGUUAUUGAACAUGUCCCCGAAAGUGAUAAUGUGCCGGACGACAAGAAAGUGGUAGAUGAGGUUCCCAAAGCUUUGAAGCCUAUUCCUAAACCUCCUCCUCCAUUUCCUCAAAGAUUGGCUAAGAAAGCAGAUGGUGGCAAAUUUCUCAAGUUCAUAGAGAAAUUGAAACAACUUUCAAUCAAUAUCGCAUUGGUGGAGGCACUUGAACAAAUGCCCGGGUAUGCGAAAUUCAUGAAAGAUCUUGUAACCAAGAGGAGACAUUCUAGUUUUGAAAUAAUGGGGGUUACACAUCAUUGUAUCUGUAUUGUGACAAAAGCUUUGGUUCAAAAGAAAGAAGACCCGGGAGCUUUCACCAUUCCUUGCACAAUUGGGAGGUACAAAUUUGCAAAGGCUUUAUGUGAUCUUGGAGCAAGCAUCAACUUGAUCCCCCUUGCUAUCUUUAACAAAUUGGGUUUGAGCAUUCCCCGACCCACAACUAUGAGGCUGAUAAUGGCGGAUAGAACCAUAAAGAAACUGGUAGGCAUUCUUUAUAAUGUGCUUGUGAGAGUUGACCGAUUUAUUUUUUCGGCCGACUUUGUGAUUUUAGAUUGUGAAGUUGAUUUCGAAGUGCCCAUAAUCUUGGGAAGACCUUUCUUAGCUACGGGGCGUGCUCUUGCAGAUGUGGAGAGGCGUGAUUUAAAAUUUAGAAUGAAUGAUGAAGAGAUCACUUUCCAUAUUUGCAAAUCGAUGAAACAACCGGCGGACAUGAGUGUCAUGUCCGUUAUUGAUACAAUUGAUGAAGCUAUGGAGACAACCGUUGAGCAUGAACAUGUGAGAAUUUUGGCGGCGGUUAUAAUGAACUAUGAGAGGGAAAAUGAAGAAGAAUUUGAGGAAACGGUUAAUGCAUUGAUGGGGUUGGGUACAUACAAAUACAAUCCCAAAAAGCUUGAUCUUGAUUUAGAAAACAUUAAGAAGCCUUCCACAAAACCCUCUAUCAUUGAGCCUCCCACCUUGGGAAUCAAACCUCUACCUUUACAUUUGAAUAUGAAUUCCUUGGACCAAACAACACUUUGCUCGAGAUAA